AUGGUCAACGUUCAGGACCUCCCACUUGAACUCUUGCAGGACAUUCUGUCAUUCAUCCGCAACACCUAUGACUUACACGAGAUGGAUGAUGGUGAUGGCACUGAUGAUCUAUACAAUAUCUGCCUAGUCUCGCAGAAAUUCCGUGAGUUAGCUCAACCUCUUCUCUUCCGCAAAUUUCCGGAUGAAGAGAUGGAUGGCGAUCGCUGCGAUCGCGACAAAACCAUCUGUUUCACCAAGGCAAUCUAUGAACGUCCUGAGCUUGGAGAGCAUGUGCGCCAUAUCAGGAUCGCCCCUCUCCCAGUCAAAUUAAAAUUGUUAUAUCCAAACAUGUGCAUUGAGCAACGCCACAUCAAGUUUUACGAAGGCGUCAUCAAGGACCUUCAAUUGGGCGAUAUGGAGAAAGAUUGGAUUCGGGCCAUGAACAGCAACCAUCUUUGCCUCUUCAUAGCCUUGUUGGUCAACAAAACGCCUAAUUUUCGUUCCCUGUAUAUGCCCGUGGGUGAAUCCACCUUCGAGCCAUUCCCAUAUUUCUUCAGACGAGACCCAUCAUUUUUGUCCAACCUCACGACGGUAAGCAUUGAACCUGUCGAUGCGGAAAUCGGCUACGAUAUCAAACAUCACCGGGAGCUUUUAUCCCUUCCCAAGCUCAGAGAAGUAUUUAUUUGUCAUGAUGUUUUGUUGGAUAUGUCCUUCCCGUCUAUUUGGACGCCUGGAACAUUAUUGGCGGAUACAGUUGUCUUCAUCGCAUGCCAUUUGGAGGCCGGGGCCUUGGGAAAAUUUAUGCGGGCGUGCAAAAGCCUGAAAACCUUCGCGUACAGUAGAUCUGCCGGGGUUCCGUUCAGGUGCAGAGACAUAUGCGCACCUGAAUUCAACGCUGCGCAAGCCACCGAAGAGGCUCUUCGGCACAAGGACACCCUCGAGACCUUCAACGUCGAGUUCGCCACUUAUAGAUAUGCACACGAGAUUGAGAACAUCGAAGAAUACAAUUCUACCCUCGUUAAGUAUGGCUCGUUCGCCGACUUCUCCGUGCUCAAGGUACUUGACGUCUCUCAUGCCUAUCUUCCAGCACAUCCUCAAUUGCCGGCAUCGCUAAUAAAGCUAUACAUCUCCCACUGUUAUUCUCCCGUUCGGGAAAUGGCCCAGAACAUCGCGACAGACUGCAAAAAGGGCCUGUAUCCGCACUUGACCUAUAUGGCUGUCUCCGAACUCCAACUCGCUGCGCCGAUUAAAAUUCGCGGGCAACGAGACUUAGAGUACGACACCCCAGAGAAAUGUGUGCUGUCUCACCAGGAUAUCUUCGAGGGAACAAACGUCAAGUUCGCUAUCUUGUCGUGCAGAUUGCCACCACCCGGGUAUGAAGACGAAGAGGAAGACGAAGAAUCGAAUAAUCAUAAUUAUAAUUAUGAUCUUGUAGAUUAUUUGUGA